GUCUCUCUCUCUCUCUGUGCGCGCGCGCGGGGGUUUCCCGGGGGCGCGCGCGCGCGCGGGCGCCGGCGCAGAGCAGGUGCAGCCGCUGCCGGGCUUCGCCGAGGACCAGGCCAUGACGCGGGCGUGAGCGGGGGUAACCCGGCGGGGGAGGGGGAGCCCGGCCGCCCGCAUGGACGUCUUCAGUUUCGUGAGGAUCGCCAGGAGCCACAGGACGAAGGCUUCGGGCUGGCCGCCGCCCUCGGGAACCUGGGGCUUGGACCCGGUGACGCCCUGUGGCUGGGAGACGAUGACCAACCGCGAUGGGCGCGACGGCUUCCUCAGUCACAUGACCCAGGCCAUUCCGUGUGACGACCCGCGGUUGGAGAGCUGCCAGAUCCUCCCUCCAGCUCCUCGCACGGUGGAGAUGCGGAGGGACCCCGUCCUGGGAUUCGGCUUCGUGGCUGGAAGCGAGAAGCCUGUGGUCGUGCGGUCGGUCACACCGGGUGGCCCCUCGGAAGGCAAGCUGAUCCCCGGGGACCAAAUCAUCAUGAUCAACGACGAACCCGUCAGCGCCGCCCCGCGGGAGCGGGUCAUCGACCUGGUCCGAAGCUGCAAAGAGUCGAUACUGCUCACCAUCAUUCAGCCUUACCCUUCUCCCAAAUCGGCAUUUAUCAGUGCUGCCAAAAAAGCCAGAUUAAAAUCCAACCCGGUCAAAGUGCGCUUCUCCGAGGAGGUCAUCGUCAACGGCCAAGUGUCGGAGUCUGUGAAGGAUAAUUCACUUCUUUUUAUGCCGAAUGUGUUGAAAGUCUACCUGGAAAAUGGGCAGACCAAAUCAUUUCGCUUUGACUGCAGCACCUCCAUCAAGGACGUCAUCCUGACGCUGCAGGAAAAGCUGUCCAUCAAAGGCAUCGAACACUUUUCCCUGACGCUGGAGCAGAGGACGGAAGGCGUCGGCACCAGGCUGCUGUUGCUUCAUGAGCAGGAAACGCUCGCUCAGGUGACGCAGAGGCCCAGCGCCCACAAGAUGAGGUGUCUUUUCCGAAUUUGCUUUGUCCCCAAGGACCCAAUUGACCUUUUGAGGAGAGAUCCGGUUGCGUUUGAGUAUCUCUACGUUCAGAGUUGUAACGAUGUUGUCCAGGAGCGCUUCGGGCCCGAGCUGAAAUUCGACAUCGCCCUGCGGCUGGCCGCUUUACAGAUGUACAUCGCCAUGGUCACCACGAAGCAGACGCAGAAAAUCUCCCUCAAAUACAUCGAAAAAGAAUGGGGCUUAGAGACGUUCCUGCCCUCUGCUGUGCUGCAAAGCAUGAAAGAGAAGAACAUCAAGAAAGCCCUUUCACACCUCAUCAAAGCAAAUCAAAACUUGGUACCACCGGGGAAAAAGCUGUCCGCACUGCAAGCCAAGGUCCACUAUCUCAAGUUCCUCAGUGACCUCAGACUGUACGGGGGCCAUGUGUUCAAGGCAACCUUAGUGCAGGCAGACAAGCACUCCGAAGUGACUCUCCUGGUUGGGCCUCACUACGGCAUCAGCCAUGUCAUCAACACCAAGACCAAUCUGGUGGCUCUGUUAGCCGACUUCAGCCACGUGAACAGGAUCGAGUUGUUUCCGGAAGAGGAGACUCUGGUGAGGGUGGAGCUCCACGUGCUGGAUGUCAAGCCCAUCACACUCCUGAUGGAAUCAUCCGAUGCCAUGAACCUGGCCUGCCUGACCGCUGGAUAUUACCGGCUGCUUGUGGAUUCCAGGAGGUCGAUAUUUAACAUGGCCAAUAAGAAAAAUACAGGGACCCAGGAAACAGGCACUGAACAUAAAGGAAAACACAACCUCCUCGGCUCCGAUUGGAACUGUGGACCCCAAAUGACCACCUUUAUCGGCGAAGGAGACCAAGAAGGCCUGAUCACGCAUGCAGAUGCCAAACGGAAGGCAGUGGACAGCACAGAGAGCCCCGCGUGUCCAAAAGACCACCGGCACUUGUAUAUUGGUGACGCCUACGAGGUAGAAGAACUUAGCCAGCGGCUGCCCCACCAGCCCGGUGAUGCCGCCUGUGAGGCAGACGACUACCUCCAACGAGCCCAGAGAUCCCGGCUGACCCUCUCGGGACCAGAGACCCUGAAGGACACACAGGACUCUCCGAGAGGAGCCCACGUGUCCUUUAUUUUUGGAGAUCUUGCCUUGGAUGACAGCACAAGUUCCCCCACGCUCGGCUAUGACGGACUAUUGGAGGAGGGUCCCGACGUGCUGCUGGGGAAGCAGAGGAACGUCUACAUGGGCAGUGCCCAUGACGUGAAGAGCCUGGAUCUCAUUCCAGACGCAGAGAGGAUCCGUUACGUGGCCGAUUCUGUUUAUGCCAAUAUAGGAGAUGUGAACCACUUUGAGGCCCCCGAGGGGAUGGAGGAGCCCCUUUUGCAUGACCUCUGUUAUGCAGAAAACACAGAUGACGCAGAGGAUGAAGACGAGGUCAGCUGCGAGGAGGACGUCGUGGUCGGAGAAGUGAAUCAGCCGGCCAUCCUCAGCCUGGCUGGGUCAAGCGAUGACAUCAUCGACCUCACAUCCCUCCCUCCUCCGGAAGGCGAUGACCACGAGGAGGAAUUCCUGUUGCGCUCCUUGAACAUGGCCAUCGCCGCACCCCCACCUGGCUUUCGAGACAGCUCCGACGAGGAAGACUCUCAGGGCCAGGCCUCGUCCUUCCGCAAGGACAAGGACCAAGGCGGCGGCUCGCACAAUGAUGAGAUCCCCGUAUCCCUCAUUGACGCGGUGCCCACCGGUGCCGAGGGGAAGUGCGAGAAGGUACUGGAUAAUGCCGUCAUGUCCACACUGGAGGCUCUGGACGCUCUGUCUGUGGCAGAAGAACAGCAGACCGGGGACGAUUCAGGUGUAGCCAUCCUGCGGGCUUACAGUCCCGAGUCCUUGUCAGACUCGGGCAAUGAAACAAACUCUUCUGAAAUGACCGAGAGUUCUGAACUGGCUGCGGCGCACAAGCAGUCAGAGAGCCUCUCCCGCAUGUUCUUGGCCACUCCUGAAGGCUACCAGCCCCUGGCCGAAGAACAGACAGAGUUUCCCACCUCCAAAAGUGCGCGGGCUGCCGGUCCAGCAACCGAUCUCCCCACCAAUGUUGUGCCUGCCAAGCCGAUGCUUCAUUCAGACCCCAUGGAGAUGGAGCCUGAAACCAUGGAGACCAAGUCUGUCACAGAUUAUUUGAGUCCAUUGCACAUGGGGUCAGUGACAUAUUCUUGCAAAAGCAAGAGGAAAGGCCAGCCGGCCGAGGUGGACGGGAAAGACCUACCAGGAAAGAGACAGCAGGGGACCAAAGGAACUGGCACAGAGGCAGAUGCCAACGGUCACUUUGGGACUGUGUCUUCGAGAGACAGUCAGCACCUCAGCACUUUUAACCUAGAGAGAACUGCCUUUCGCAAGGACAGCCAGAGAUGGUAUGCGGCCACUGAAAGUGGGGUGGCAGAUAAGAAUGGAUUGGAAGCAGCCACAGGGAACACCUUUUCGACAGCUUCUGCUCUUGGGCCAAUGGAGCCCAAAGGGAUGGAGGAAGGAGCUCCUGAUGCAGGAGCCGGCGACGAUGUUGCAGAGCUUGGCCAAGGGGAAUGCUUGUUGAGCGACUCCACCAAAGACUUCACGAACCCAGAGGAUGCGGACUCGUCCACCACCUGUGAGCAGCCUGCUGAGCUCGCCGAGGCUGAAGACGGCGUGGCCCACCUCUGCGGCUACCACUUGGCCGAACGGAUGUCAUCCCUGCAGAGUGAGGGCCAUUUUUCAGAGGAGAGAGCCACAGGGCUUCCCAGCCAUGGAGGAGCCACCUUUAAGGAGCUGCCCCCGCAGACAGAAGGGAUGUGUCCGCCGCAGUUGACAGCGACGCCUCCUCUCCACCCAGCCAUACACACUGACCCCCUGUUUGGCACGUUGAGAGACAGAUGCCACCAGCUCCCCAAGAUGAAGGAAACCACAGUAGCUUUGACAGAGCCUGGGAAGGAGAGACAAGGAGGCAUGCCUUCGGCUCGGUCUCAACAUCCUGAAGUGGAUCCCAUCCUGCUACCAUCAAACAUUCACUCGGAAUCAAAGGUGCCAAUUCCAAAUCAAGACCCUCAUGAUGUGUCCCAAGAAAACCAGGAAUAUGGAGAGGUUGUGAGUAGGCAGUCACCAGAUCUGAGAGGGGGGAUCCUCAGGACACCCUCCAGCCAGAGGGCUAUGAGGCAUAGCAACACUAUACUGUCAAGAUCUGUAGGUUUGGAGGCCUUUCGAGCGAGAACCAAGGGUGCGGUCAGCUUUAAGUGUCCAGGUAUCACAGAAGCACAGGAGACCAGUACAGAAAGGGGAGCAGAACUGCCCCUGGGGAAGAAGCUCACCAAAAGUUUUUCCCAAAGCUCAAUGCACUUUAGCUCCGAGGGGAAGUGUCACAAAAGGUCCCCAGUGGCUCACAAAGACUCAAAGCUAUAUCCCACCUUAUCCUUGUGGAAACCAGAGGGCAGCUAUUGGAGGUGCAGGGGACCUUUCAGCUAUUGUUUCCUGAACAGAGGGCAGGAUGAAGAUGGCGAUGAGGAUGAAGAGGGGGGAGAGGCCACCCACCAGGUCUCUUUCCUCUACCGACCACAGAUGACUCAAGUCAUGCCAGAACCACCCAGCCCGUCCCUGGCUAUUGAGAUUCAAAAGCAAGGAGAGGAGCUUUCCCAAGGUUCAGUGCUGAAGGUCUGGACAGAAGAACUGAGUGGCCCAGAUGACUUCAGCCACCUGGCUUUGGAUGCCCGGAUUGCAAGAAUCAAUGCCCUAAAGGAGAGCACAUAUGCAAUGCCUGAUGGGUUCCUUGCAGCCCAAAAUGAUGCCAAUGAGCUGCUCUGCCUCGUCAGGGCAACCAAGGGGAAGAGGGAAGAGUCACGCCUUGAAGCAUAUGACCUUACGCUUUCUCAGUACAAGCAACUGUUAUCCAUCGAGUCCAGACAGUUGGGAAGUGCCUGUAGGAAGAUGGCAAUGGCCAAGAAAAGCCCAGAGGAGAUGCUCCUAGCUAUGACUUCCAGCUUUCAAGUGCUCUGUUGCCUAACAAAAGCUUGCAUGCGAUUGGUUAAAGUCGUGAACUCAGAAACACAGCGGCAGGAAAUUGUAGCAAAGAUUGAUGAAGUGGUCAUAAACUACAUCUGUCUCCUGAAAGCUGCCGAGGCAGCCACUGGAAAGACCAGUGGGGAUCCUAACGUUGGACUCUCAAUACGACAUUCAACCACCAUGGCCGCUCUUGUAAGCACACUAACACUUUCUCUCAAGAUGCUUUUAAAUAAGUAAAUAUGAAAGUCACAUCAUAAUCUACCUUUGCAAAGCCAUACACGAACUUUUAUUUACUUUGUGUGUACGAUGAACAGAUGUCUCCUUUCUUCUCUCUGUAUAUUUUGUUAUUUUAUAUAAUAGGAGAUAAAAGUCACACUGAUGAAAUGUUGAUGUACUAAUCAGAUGUAUUGUUGAUAUUCUACAUAUAUAUACAUGUAAAAGAAAUAAACAAGAAAGUGGUGACAUUGGCUAUUUUUCAUAUAGUCAGAACUCCAGGUGCAUGAUGUGAAAUUUUAAAUUCUACUAUGUUAGAGCAAAAAAAAGAGUCCUAUCCCCUUUCCUUCCAAGUGGAUACUUGGAGACCAUUGUGUUCAUAUUUAGGAAUAAGAAACAAAACAAAAAAAACACAAUGUAUAUAAAACAGUACUUAUGUUUUAAAAUUAUUAUGAUUUUUAAGUAUUGGAAAUAGCAAAAAGACAUUUAAAAUUCAAGAAACUAUUAAUUACUAGAAAUAUAUGUAAUAAAUUAAUUUUUGCUCAUAAAAAAAAGAAACUCUGAAAUUUCAUUCACUGGCUCCAAUUCUGUCCAAUUGAGCCACAGAGUUUAAAACCAAUUUCACAUCUGCAUCAAUGCCUUCUAAAUAUUUGAAUUUAGUUCUCCAUCAAACAAUCUAUUAAACUAGUUAAGUAUUUCCAACUCCUACUAAGAUAUAUAAUUUUUAGUUCCCUCAUGACCUUGGUCAAUCUCAAACUGUUUCCUCUCUUUUGAAUGAAUUCUCAUUUGUCUGUAUUUUUAAAGCAUGGUGACUCCCACUGCAAUAGAAAAAUGAACAAAAUGUAGGAAGAGCCAAUUCAUGAAAGAGGAAAUAUAAGUUUCUAAUAAAUACACAAAAAAGCUAAUUUUCA